AUGCAAAAGGCAAUGAAAAGCGCAGAAUAUAUAAAAGCUAAUAAUGACUGGUUAGACGCCCAAGCCAACGCUAAAGCAGCCCAACUUAUAGGGUCAAUAAGGACAAAAAUACAAGCGGAUGAAGACAGUUCAAAUGAAGCUUUAACGAAUGCUGACUUUAAGAACGCCUUCGAAGCUCUUCAUAGUAAGGUGAAACUAGUGAACGACUUCUCAUCUGGAAAGAAACUGAAGUCUGAAGGUUUCGACAAAGAGUUAAAAGAAGUAGCACAAAAUAUGACGAAAAUAACAGAUGCAGCAACGAGACAGGCAGUUCAAAGUGCCCAUGACGCCGUUAGAACAGCUGUUGUGGAAAGUCAAGAAAAAGAGUUACAACAGACCAAAAGAGACCUAGUAAAUGCUUUCUUAAGAACGAAAAGUCAGGUAGGACAUUAUGCUGCAGAUGGAACAUAUGUGCCAGCUGGUGGAACUUAUAUACCAGCUGGUGGAACUUAUAUACUAGCUAGUGGAACUUAUAUACCACCAAACCCUCCAAGAGAAGCACCUGCACCAGGACUACCUAAAACAUUUACAUCGUCACAUGGACACAGACACAGGCAUGCACCAAAACCAACACAACAACCAACAGUUCAAAAUCCAGCACCACAACAACAACAACAACCAGCACAACAACCACCUCCACAACCAGCACAGCAACCAACAGUUCAAAACCCUGCACAACAACCACCUCCACAACCAGCACAGCAACCAACAGUUCAAAACCCUGCACAACAACCACCUCCACAACCAGCACAACAACCACAAACAGAGCAAGGACAUAAAAGAAGUAGAGAACAAGGAAACCAAGAUUUCUUAAAAAUGCUUAAGGAAGAAUAUGGUUACCCAGAUACUCUUGACUUUAGUGACAGAUAUAAAGAAGCUAUUAGAAAGUUCAAGGAAGGAAAUACAGACCCGAACCUAUUUAGCUUUAUGGUUCAGCACCAAAUGGGAUAUAAUUUCAAACCUGGAAAAUACAAGCUCGCUAAGGGAUAUGAUUUAA